AUGGGUUUCGGGCCGUUCCGUUGGGUGUGCACCUCUCAAGAACCUGACGAUCUUGCGCAAACAGAUCGGAUAUCGUGUGAGGUGAUCGAAGAACUCCUGAAAACUAAAGUGCCGGACCAUGUGCUCCAGCAGUACAUGGACAACAAGAAGUGGAUCGAAGGUGCUGCGGAAAAUCGUCUUGUGGUUGGAAGCCAAGCCCGAAUUCUCUACUCUGAUCAAGAGGGGCGAAUCGCACUCGCUUUGGCAUUCAAUGACGCUGUCAAGAAUGGAACAGUUUCUGUGAGUUAA